CCCCUCUGUAACUAUUAGGAUGCGCCGGCCCCCCUUUUCCUUGCCAAGUUGGAUUCGCCCUUGUACCGCCGCUGGCGCCCGUGGGUUGUACCACUCUGCGAAAAGGGGGAUAUGCCACUUCCCUGCUUCCUCCACGCUACUUCCCUGCCUCCCCAGGAUGAUCCCCUGUGUUGCACGGGGGGCGUUACAGGGCGGAGGAGGCUCCGCACUCUGCGCGCGGCGAGUUGUCUCAUUCCGCGCACUUCUUCUCCCUCCCCUGAAAGCCAAGUGGAACAGCUCAAGGGGGAAAGCGACAUGAGGGGAGGGGACAGCGGGGCGUCGCUCUCCCGCCUUUUCGCAAAAUGGUACAACCCGUAGGCGCUGGUAGAGAUAGGAGGAAGAAUCCAACUUGGCGAGGAAAAGGGGGGAGGAAGCGGCGAAACUUAGUGGCCGUGGUGAGGUGCGCGCAUGCGGGGGACCGGAGCGGAGACAAAGGUGCCGCCGAGCCCCCCCCACCCCAUCCCCGCAUCCCUCCCCGGUUAUAACGCGCCCCCCAUUCCCAUGGAUGCGGGGGUCGCUCCAUGCCCGGGGUGGAGCAGGAGGAGGGCGGGGGAAUGGCGGGAGGGCGGCGGGCAGGAGGAGGAGGAGGUGGAGGCAGCAGCGCAUCACCCGGGGGGGUGUCGGUGAAGAUGUCGCUUCGCCGCGCCUACUCCAUCAAGGACAAGCUCCAGGCCAUCGAGAGGGUGAAGAAGGGCGAGCGCCAGGCGUCGGUGUGCCGGGCUUUCGGGGUGCCGGGGGGCACGCUGCGGGGGUGGCUGAAGGACGAGGCGAAGCUCCGCUGGUUCCUGGAGCAGCUCGGCGGCGAGGUGGGCACCCAGCGCAAGAAGAUGCGCUUGGCCAACGAGGAGGAGAUCGACCGCGCCGUCUACGCCUGGUUCCUCGCCCUGCGCCAGCACGGCGUGCCGCUCUCCGGACCCCUGAUCCAGGCGCAGGCGGAAGCCUUCGCCCGGCAGAUCUACGGGCCUGAGUGCACCUUCAAGGCGAGCCACGGCUGGUUCUGGCGCUGGCAGAAGCGCCACGGCAUCUCCAGCCAACGCAUCUACGGUGAGGGCGGCCUUCCCGCUGAGCCCGAGCGCGCCCCGGCCGCCCGCGCCGAGGUCCUGCCCGAUGCCGGCGGCUACGGGGACGAGCAGAUCUACAACGCCAACAUCACCCGGCUCUUCUGGAAGCUUCUUCCCGGUGCUGGAAUCGCGGCGAGGCGUCCGGCCCGCGGCGAGCGCGUCACGGUGCUGCUGGCCGCCAACUUGACCGGCUCCCACAAACUCAAGCCCUUGGUGGUCGGGGGUCUCCGCGAUCCCGCCAGCCUCAGGCAUCACAACCAGGAGAAAUUCCCGGCUUGUUACCGCUACAGCCCCGAGGCCCGGCUGGCGCCGGCGCUUCUGAGGGCUUGGUUCUUUGAGGACUUCGUGCCGGGGGUCAAGCGGUACCUGCGGCGGAGCUGCCUGCAGCAGAAGGCUGUGCUGCUGCUCAGCUCCGCUCCAUCCCGUUCUGCAGCGGGGGCUGAGGAUUCCCCGCCGCUCCAGACUCCGGAUGGGUCCAUCCGCGCGCUGUUCCUCUCCAAGGGUCCCUCUGGGAGUGGUUUGGCCGGAGCAGGAGGCCGAAUCCCGGCGCCGCUGGAGCAAGGGGUGGUGUCGGCCUUCAAGCAGCUCUACAAGCGGGAAUUGCUGCGCUUGGCCGUGUCCUGCGGCGGCCCCGGCAGUCCCGCGGAUUUUGUGCGCUCCUUCCUCCUCAAGGACAUGUUGUACCUGGCUGGCCUCUCCUGGGAUCUCAUCCCGCCAGGAUCCAUCGAGAAGUGCUGGCUGCUGGGGCUGCGCGCCGCCUUCGAGCCCCAGCCCGGCGAGGAGGAGCACGGCGACACCCCGGGAGGGGAUGAAGGUGGAGGGGACAGCAAGGUCUUCAGUGACCUGACCCACCUGGCUGCCUUGGCCUUCAAGCGCUUGGCUCCUGAGGAAGUGUCCGACUGGUUGCACUUGGACGACGCGGCUCCAGGUGCGGAGGAGGACGAUGAUGGUGAGGAGGACGUCGAGGAGGAAGGCGCCGAGGGCUGCGGGGCGGAGGAGGAUGAGGAGGAGGAAGCGGCUGGUGGCAAAAAGGGCGGGGAAGGAGGAGAUCCUUUGCUGCCCACGGCUCGGGAAGCCAUCCAGGGUCUGGAGACAGCACUGCGCUGGCUGGAGGGACAGGACCCCCGGGAAGUGGGGCCGCUGAAGCUGGUGCAGCUCCGCUCCCUCAUCUCCAUGGCCCAGCGGCUGCGCCGCGGCCGCAGCCCCCAAUCCUAGGGCAGGGGUGACCGCCACUUUUUGGCUACCAACCACCCCUGGUUGGCCACGGAGCUGGGGACACCCCGGUUGUCCCAGGGGGAUGGUGGUGGAGGUGCCACUCGCCCCUCUGUGACCGUGAUCAGGAAGCCCAGAUGCCUGUAGGUCACAAUUCAGGGGAUUUUUGUGCAACAACUCGAAUUCCAGGGUUGUUCCUUACCUAAAUAUACUUAGGAGGUGCUAUUUUUUACAUCCCUUGUGGACCCUGGUCACUGGCACUGCCAGAAAGAGGGUGGAUGACCCCCCCACAAAUUGCCCAGUUCCCCCAGUUCCAUGGGGAGAAGGAGUGAGGGAAGAACCUGCUCAGUGUCCAUGGGAUAAUGGGGGAUGUUACACUGAAAAAUCCCCAGAUCCCAGAGCAGGGUUGAGGUGGGCACAGCCAGCUGGACAUGGGCCACUCCUGUGGUGCUGCAGGGGAAAUAUUCCACCUUGGAAGAGGCAGGUGGCGCCCUUCCCACUGCCAAAACAGAAUCCUGUUACAUCAGGAUGGUUUGGGGCUGGUUUAAGACAAUUUCCUUCAGGCACUGGGUUGGGAAAGGGACACUUGGGUGGCACCCAUGAGAGAGAGUCACCUCCAUCAUUCCCAUCGCAGCUGGGAACACCUGGACCACGGAGACCUGCUGAUCCAGGUACCAUCAUUGGAGCAUCCUCGUGGAGCUGAAGGCUCCAGGGAUGGGGUUGAGGUGUUCCUCACGGGGUUUGUGGGGUGGCCGGGGCUGGAGGACACAUCUGGGUGAGUGGAGGUUGGAGCAGGGAGGGCUCCUGGCACUGCCUUGGAAUAUUGGAGGCAUCUGAUAGGAAUUUACCUGAUUUGGAUGAAAUUUUAAGGUAUUUAACUGAAUUACUGGAAGAGGGAAAUGAAAUUGACUCCUCAGUGCUGCUGUGCCCCAUGUCAGUGGAUGGGUGGGGGUUUUUACUUGUCAGUUCUUUGUCUCCUUGCUGCAGAGUUUAUGGAAAUUAAAUGGAUUUUUAUUCCCA